AGAGCCUAAUUUUGUCCGACACAUGUUGAUCGGAUACAAUCAUGUGUGAAUCAUCCAUUUGUGGUCUGAUCUGAAACAUAUUCACUUACACUCGACCGAAUCAUUAUAUCCUCAUAGCUGUAAAUAAAUUAAAAACUGGAGUCCUAGCCCAUAAAAAUAGUCAAAGUACAAAGAAGUACUUUGUACAUAUACAGAGACUAUAGAUAUUUUACCUGUGACGGAAGCCUAUUACAGCGAAUGAAACAUGGGAAAACAUUUCCGAGACUUCGAUAAAAAUUCAUCAGAUGAGAGUGAAGACAAUGAAUCCAGCAAUGAUUCUUUUGGUUCUGAUGAUGGAAAUGAGGGAAUGGAAGAAGAAGAUGAACCUAAUGAUGAUCCAUGUGAAGUUAAGGUGGAAGAAAGAUCUGAAAUUAAUCUAAAUGAAGAUGAUGAUGAUGAAGUUGUGAAAGCAAUUCUUGCAGAAAAAAAUAAGCAACGAGAUCAUCCCCCUCUCAUAACAUUAGAAGAUUUUAUUGUUGAUAUAUCAUUUAGUCCUAUCAAAAAUUUAAUUGCUGUUGCUAAUAUUGUUGGAGAUAUAUUGUUAUAUGAAUAUUCCAAUGAAGAAACCAAACUUGUUAGUACUCUAGAGCUACAUUUAAAAGCAUGUAGAGAUGUAGAAUUUGAUGAUACGGGCCUCUCUAUGUAUUCAACAGCAAAAGAUAAAGUGAUAAUGAUCACAGAUGUAGGAACUGGGAAAUUAAAACAAUGCUACGAAAAUGCACACGAUGAACCUGUUUAUAAAUUGCUAUGUUUGGAUAAUUCAAAAUUUGUUACAGGUGAUGAUGGAGGAACUAUUAAACUGUGGGACAUGAGGAAAUCCGAUCCUAUAUUUAAUAUGAAGAUUGGUGAUGACUACAUUUCUGACAUGAUCACAAAUGAUUCUCAAAAACACUUAGUUUGUGCAGGUGGUGAUGGGGUUCUUACAUCUGUCGAUUUAAAAGCAAGCAAAAUAUAUACAACGUCUGAAGAAUAUGAUGCAGAGUUAACGUGUAUGGGGCUGUUUCGUUCUGAUACAAAAUUAUUAGUUGGAUCUUCUAAAGGAAAAUUUUACUUAUUCAACUGGAGAGAGUUUGGACUUCACAGUGAUGAAUACAUUGGCCAAAAACAGUCAAUUCAGUGUAUGGUUCCAAUAACUCAAAAUAUUGUAGUUAGUUCUGGAGAGGAUGGAGUAUUGCGAGCCGCUCAUAUGUUUCCUCAAAGACAAUUAGGUAUUGUUGGACAACAUCGGCUCCCGGUCGAGCGGUUAGACAUCAGUUACGAUGGUCAGUUUAUUGCCUCUUGUUCCCAUGAUAAUGAUGUCAAAUUCUGGAAUAUAUCCUAUUUUGAAUCCCUAGAUUCAAUCAUCGACCUGAAUCACAAACAGAAUAAAAAGAGAGAUAUGAUAAAUAACUUACCGUCUAGUACUAUUAAAAAUGCGUCGGAUUUCUUUUCGGGUUUAGUAUGAUUUUUAAAUUAGUUAAAUUUCCUAAUAAAUAUUUUGUUUUCAAAUAGA